AUGGCUUCGUCUCAGACCCUUUCUGGCGCCAAUGGCGUUCCUAACGGCGCUAUCGCUGCUCCAAAGAGCAAACGCUUUUCCGACAUCCCCCAGACCAUCGACAUUCCCGUGCAGGACCAAGAUGACGAGGCUGUCGAAAUCGACCUCGAGGAGCUCGCCGAUGACCCGACCGAGCUCUGCACUCUGUUCGAGAUGGAGCACGCCGCCCGCACAUACUGGAUGACAGUCGCAUUGGCGUAUGCGAAGCAGAAAAAGAUCGACUUUGCCAUCGAGAUGCUCAUGCGCGGCGCCAACGCCCUGCAGGCGAACCCGCGCGAGAAGCUCAGCAUCAUCACCUGCCUAUGCUGGCUGUACCUCUAUAAGAGCCGCGAAGCGCCCCGCGUCGCCCCUGAUAAUGUGCCGGCAUCCGAGGUCAAGACGAAGGAGCACUAUCUCCAGCUUGCCACCCAGAGCCUGAACGAGGCCUCGCGCAUCAAUCCCGCUUUCCCCCCCCUCUUCCUAGCCCGCGGUGUCCUGCUGCUGCUGCGCGCGUCACUGCAGCCGCCCUCGAAGGGUGUAGGCCCCACCGGUGUCGAUUCGCAGAAGGCUGAGCAGCUGUGCAAUGCGCUGAAGUCAUUCGAGGAGGCCAUCCGAGUCUCUCAGGGCAAGAAUAUGCUGGCAGUCAUGGGCAAGGCCCGUGCCCUCUUCUCCUUGGGUCGCUAUCCCGAGUCGCUGGCCGCCUACCAGGAGGUUCUGUCCAAGAUGCCCGACAUGGUUGACCCGGAUCCGCGCAUUGGCAUCGGCUGCUGCUUCUGGCAGCUUGGCUACAAGGACGACGCUAGGCAGGCCUGGGAGCGCUGCCUCGAGAUCAACCCCGAGUCGAAGACCGCCAACAUUCUGCUCGGGCUGUACUACCUCGAUGCCAGCGGCCACGUGCCCACCAACAGUCCCGAGUUUAUUCGCCUCUACAAGAAGGCCAUGACCGAGUUCACCCAGAAGUCCUUUAAGCUUGACAAGAACUCUCCCCUUGCCUGCUCGACUUUCGCCGGUUACUUCUUGUCUCGCAAGCAGUUCGACACUGUCGAUUCCCUGGCUCAUAAAGCCAUCCGAUACACCGAUGUCAACGCCGUCGCUAGCGACGGCUGGUACCUGCUCGCCCGCAAGGAGCACUAUGCCGGAAACCUCGAGCGCGCUGCUGAUUGCUACCGUCGCGCCGACGAUGCCCGGGGCGGUGCCGAGCGCGGCUAUCUGCCUGCGAAGUUUGGUCUUGCUCAGCUCUCUGUGUUGAAGGGCGACCUCGGCGAAGCAAAGCUCCGUCUUGAGAAGAUCAUCCAGCAGUCUAAGAACUACGAGGCUAUGGUCCUGCUCGGUACCCUGUACGCCGAGGAGGUUUUUGCCAACCAGUCUGCUGCUGUCAAAGAAGACAAGAGUGCCGAAGCCAAGAAGGCUAUUGCCCUUCUUGAAGGUGUUCGCUCCGCCUGGAAGGAUCCCAAAAAGAACCUGUCGCCCGACGCUUGCGUCCUGCUCAACCUUGCCCGUCUGUAUGAGAGUGAGCAGCCAGACAAGGCGCUGCAGUGCCUGCAGCAGGUUGAGCAGCUCGAGUUGUCUCAGAUCCCCAGAUCUGAGUACCCGCCUGACACAGAGGAUGAAGCCGUUAUCAAGGCGGCCAUCCGCAAGCUGCUUCCUCCUCAGCUGCUCAACAACAUCGGUUGCUUCUAUUCUCAGGAGGGCAAGCACACGCUGGCCACCGAGUUCUUCCAGGCCGCCCUUGACUCGUGUGCGCGCAUCAGCAGCCAGAGCGAUAGUGACAUCGACACCGAUGCGCUGCUUACGACCAUUUCUUUCAACCUGGGCCGCAGCUAUGAAUACGAAGGCCAGAUCGAUGCCGCUGUCGAGACCUACGAGCGGCUGCUGAGCCGGCACAGCGACUACACGGACGCUCGCACACGUCUGGCCUACAUCAAACUGCGCCGCAACCCAAGCAACAAGGAGGGACCCGACGCCGUGGCCAAGCUGUACCAGGAGAAUCCGCAGGACCUCGAGGUUCGCGCACUGUAUGGCUGGUUCUUGGGCAGGGUUAACGCCAAGAAGCGGCCAGCCAACCUGGCCGAGGACCCGGAGCAGCGUCACUUCAAGCACACGCUGCAGAAUUACGACAAGCACGACCGGUACGCGCUGGUGGCCAUGGGUAACCUCCAUUUGAUGGCGGCGCGCGAGAUGCGUCGCGAGACGGACCAGGACCGUCAGAAACGAAGCGCGACCUACAGCCGGGCGGUCGAAUUCUUCGACAAGGCCCUUCAACUCGACCCGAAGAACGCGUACGCGGCGCAGGGAAUCGCGAUCGCGCUGAUCGAGGAUAAGAAGGAUUACACCAACGCCCUGCAGAUCUUUAUCAAGGUCCGCGAGACCAUCCAGGAUGCACACGUCUAUGUCAACCUGGGCCACCUCUACGCCGAGCUCAAGCAGUUUACCAAAGCCAUCGAAAGCUAUGAGAUCGCCCUGAGCAAGGAAGGCAAAGCUCGCGAUGCCAACAUUCUCUCAUGUCUUGGCCGUACCUGGCUCAACAAGGGCCGUGCCGAACGCAACCUGGACGCUUACAAGACCGCUCUCGAAUACGCCGAAAACACUCUAUCUGUCGCCCCUGAACAACUCCACUUCAAGUUCAACGUCGCCUUCGUCCAGAUUCAGAUCGCGAUGUUGCUCAUUUCAUUCCGCGACAGCGAGCGCAACUCCUUCCAGCUCGAACAAGCAAGCGAAGGCCUCGAGGCCGCUAUCAAGACCCUCGACGAGAUCGCGGCCGCGCCCAACCCCCCUUACCCGAAGCACGACCUCGAGCAGCGCGCCAACAUGGCCCGCAACACCAUGCGCAAGCAGCUCGAGCGCGCUCUGGCCAGCCAGCGUGAGUAUGAGGCCCGCAACAAGGAGAAGCUCCAGGCCGCCAUGGAGGCCCGCCAGGCCGAGCUGCGCCGUCGCGAGGAGGAGCGCCGUCGCGCCGAGGAGGCUGAGCGCGAGCGCCAGGAGAAGAUUCGUCGCGAACGCGAGGAGAUCUUGGCUCGCGAUCGCGCCCUGGCUGAGCAGCGUGCCGAGGAAGAGAGGCUGCGCAUGGAGGCCGAGAUGACGACCGACACCGAGACCGGGGAGAAGGUAAUGCGCAAGAGCAAAAAACGUAGCGCCCGUGCUCGCUCUGGUGAGCCUUCUCGCUCGGGCCGUGCCCGUAGGAGGAAAUCGACUGCCCACCGCGGUGAGUCUGGUGAGGAUGGUGCCAAUGCUGGCGACGAGGGCGCCGAGCGUCGUCGUGCAAGGAAGCGCCAGCGUCUUACCAAGAAGGAUUCCAAGUACAAGAGCGCAGAGAUCGUCGUCGACAGCGACGAGAGCGAUGAUGGUGGCGCUGGUAUCGAUGAAGAGGAUCCGCUUGAGCAGGCCGAGCGUCGUCUCGCUGAGGCGGCCGCCGAGCGCAAGCGUGAACGUCGCGCCGCCCAGAGCGGCAGCAGCCGCAGUCGCAGUAAUAGUGUCGCUAGCAACCGCAGCUCGCGCAGCGCCCGCAGUACCCGGUCGCGGUCGUCCAUAUUUGGCAGCAAUGAUGACGAUGAGGAGGACCGUCCGGCCAAGAGGCAGAUUCGUCGCAGGAGGUCGUCGGCUGAGGAGGAGGAAGAGGAGGAAGAUGAUAAGAUGGAUGUUGAUCAGGAGGUGUCGGCUGUCCCUGCGCCUGUUGCUGACAACGAUGACGAGGAGGAAGAGACUAUUGCCAGACGCCCGCAGAAGAGGGCUGCUAGACGUGGCAGAAUCUUGGAUGAGAGUGAUGAAGAAGAGGAAGCGGCUGGAAAUGCGCCGACGCCUGGGGCGGCGGAGGAGAAGGCUGAUACGAGUAUGGUUGAUGCGGAUGAGGACUGA